AUGGCGACGGCUAAGGAUUUACAGGCACUGCUUCGAUUCCUAACGCAAGAUGCCAGAAUACCCCUCGCUACUGCUAUUAGCAAGGCUAAGGGCUUACAAGAAGCCAAGCUACUAAAUCCAGAAGAUAUUUCUAGAGCAAAGUUGACGGCGGUCCAAUCAGUAUUUACAGAAGCCAAAACUGCAAGACAGGUGUGGAACGCGGCGAAAAGGGUUGUCAAAAAGCGAGCUACAGGAGAGGAGAAGGAUGAUGGCAUGGUAACAGCAUCAUCUGUAUCAUCACCUUCGAAGAAACGGAAAGCAACAGUUGCAGGGCUUGACAUGACUCCUCAGCAGCUGGAAGAGUCACUUACGCUGCCCGUAAGUACAGAUUUGGAAAGGAUUUCUAAGACGGUGAUUGUCACCAAUCGAGCCCCACUAGUGUUAGCAUUUGCAGUCAUGUCACUGAAGUACACAAUGCCCGAGCAGCCGUUGUCCAGCAGACUAAGCCUUGCCCAGGCUGUGGUGAGCGCAAACAGUCGCACAAAGGCUCGCAGUCUGGGUAUAAUAGAUACGGCCGCUCCCAGCGCUGAGGACGCUGGAUGGGCACAGGGACAGCCCACGGUCAAGGUACUGGGGAGGAGCAUCAGCGUCCUCCGACGGGUAGGGUACGACUGGGACGACAAAAAAGGAGAAACUGCAUCUGUAUCACCACCAAGUAUCGGAUUUGAUAGCAAGAAGGAAACGGUGCCAGAGGGAGGUAGCAGCAAAUCCCCGCACGCCGAGACGGGUUCCCCUGCACACAAAUCGAACGUGCUAUCACCCAAAGAAGACAAUGACGACGACAAUCUCCCAGCCCUAUGGGGUCUGGACUUGGAGGGUGAUCGUAAAUCGAGCGAUGGCCGCCAGCACAGCAGAUAUGGUGGGUACGACGGCGGAAGUCGAAGCCAGAGCACGCACCUCCCUGUAUUCAGAGCUGAACCAGCCCGCGACUACCUGCUCAGAUCAUUUUCUGAGCACGAGCACGACCCAAAGCAGCCGGACAGCGUGAAAAAGGCCAAGUCGACGUCGAUGCCAGCCAAGGAGAUUGCUCUCAGUUUGCUACUUGGCGCGAUCGAUCAUGUUUGCCAGUCAUGGGCGCCAACGCUGAGCCGAGACGAAUUGGAUAAACAUGUCUGGAGAUGGUACAUCGCCGUGCGGCCAGAAGUCGAGGGUGGCAUCUCAGGAUGGGGCCAGAAGGGAAAGGUCCAUUUAUCUGCGAUCCUUGAUUUGAAGAGAAGAGACCGAGAUGAAAUGCAAGGGCUGUGGGAACUGGCUAUGGAGAAUUUCUGGGCUCAAGAUGGAUUAUAUGAGCUCAUGAACUGGGUGUUGCUCGGCCAAUCGUGUUGGUUUUAUGCAUCAAAUCAUCUCCCGUUUGGAGACAUCCGUUCAGAAACUACCCCCACACCCUUGCCUCGACAAAAACUUCCUUAUGAGCCAGGCAGGAGAGGGGAGGGAAAAGAAAGAGAGGGAGAGAGAGAUACGAAUCAAAAAAAAAAUAGCGUUGGCGUGCCAGAUGCCGGGAGGGAGAGCAAGGGAAGCCUCCGCAGCUGCAGCAAAGGCCAACUUUCCGACAUCGAGACAGUUUCCUCAUGCGUUUUCUCUGAUGUCAUAUUGAGGUCUCACUGGUGUGGUUGUCCACGGGAAGGCCGUGUCCACCCUGGCUCCAUUCCAAUGAAGAGACUUGAGUGGCCUCCGUUCGAAAGUCACCAACCUUGA